CACAAUUAACGCAACUUACUACGUCCGUUGUUCUUUCACGCAAUCACAAAGACAAGUUCGAUCGGCGCAUCAGAUCGCUGAGAUAUUUCACCAGAGUAUAUCUCCUCUUCAUGGACCUCGUUCGCGCAUUUCUUUUGCUCUGCAUUACUAUGAUUCUGUUCACACAAAAUUGGAGAAAUGCAGAAGGAAGAUACCACCACCACCACCCAAAGAAGCAGAAAAGCCCUGUUCAUAAUUUUUCACCUCCUUCCAAGUCUCCUAGUGUUCCUUCUAAACCACAUCCAGAUAAUCCAGGGCAUUCCGCUUCUGGCUCUGUUUUCGACGUAACAUCCUUCGGGGCUGUCGGAGAUGGCGCCGCCGAUGACACCGCCGCGUUCAUGGCAGCGUGGAAAGCAGCCUGUGCAGUAGAUUCAGGGGUGGUUCUAGCUCCUGAAAAUCACCGUUUCAAAAUCACUUCCACUAUCUUUUCAGGUCCCUGUCAGCCUGGACUUGUGUUUCAAGUGGAUGGAGUGCUUAUGCCUCCAGAGGGACCAGAUUCAUGGCCAGAAAAGGAUAGUCGCAACCAAUGGCUUGUGUUUUACAAGCUUGAUCAAAUGACUUUCAGUGGGACUGGAAUUAUAGAAGGCAAUGGACAACAGUGGUGGGAGCUUCCUUGCAAACCUCACAGGGGUCCCAAUGGGAAAACGCUGCCAGGACCAUGUCAGAGCCCAACAAUGAUAAGGUUCUUCAUGAGCUCGAACUUGGCGGUGACUGGUCUAAGAAUUCAAAACAGCCCUCAGUUCCACAUGAAGUUCGAUGGCUGCCAAGGAGUUGUGAUUGAUAAGCUGUCAAUCUCUUCGCCUAAGCUCAGCCCCAACACCGACGGAAUCCACAUAGAGAACUGCAACACAGUGCAAAUAUCCAACUCCAUGAUUAGCAACGGUGAUGAUUGCAUUUCAAUUGGACCUGGGUGCUCAAAUGUGAAUAUAGAGGGUGUCACUUGUGGUCCUAGCCACGGGAUUAGUAUCGGAAGCCUGGGAGUGCACAAUUCGCAGGCAUGUGUGACGAACCUAACAGUUCGAAACUCCGUCAUAAGGGAGUCAGACAAUGGGCUUCGAAUCAAGACGUGGCAGGGAGGGAUGGGCUCGGUGACUGGGCUGAGGUUCGAGAACAUUCAAAUGGACAACGUCCUAAACUGCAUCAUCAUAGAUCAAUACUACUGCCUGUCCAAGGAAUGCCGGAACCAGACGUCGGCGGUGCACGUAAACGAAGUGUCGUACAGAAGCAUAAAGGGCACGUACGACGUGCGUACCCCUCCGAUCCACUUCGCUUGCAGCGACACCAUCGCAUGCACCAACAUAACAAUGGCGGAGGUUGAGCUGUUGCCGUACGAAGGGCAGCUUCUGGACGACCCGUUUUGCUGGAAUGCGUAUGGGACUCAAGAGACUCUGACCAUACCUCCACUUAAUUGCUUAAGAGAAGGCGAGCCUGCCACUGUAGGAGAGCUCUCUGCAUAUGAAUGCAGCAGUUAAAAAAAAGAUUAAUUAAUGAUUAAUAGAUUAUAUAUAGAAAAAAUUGAUUGAUGAUUGUGGCUUUUUAUAAUUUGUCUCUAGGAUUCAUCCCUCUCUGGGUUAUUAAUCCCUUGUUGUGUGAUGACAAGAAUUAUUGGCUUGGGUCCAGCUUGUUAGACCAACACAUUGUCAUAGGAAUAGAUUGGUUGGAUAUGUACAUUAUAUAAACUAGCGUUCACUCCCCGUGCGGGAAGCUUAAAAACUAUAAAUUCUAAAUACAUGUAUUAGUAAUUAAAUCAAUAGACCAUUGAAUCAACCAAAUAUAUUUUACAGUAACAA